AUGGAAGGUCUGACAGAAUUCGUCUCGAAAUCAUUUAGCGACGACAACGAGGAUGUAAACAAGCCAUCAAAACAGCCAAUGACUACAGCGUCAACAACGAUAAAAUGUGAGGAAAAAAUAGUCGUUGAUGACAAUCAACAGGAAGCGACUGACCUACGUAUUGUACAUAAGGAAGAGGAUCAAUCCAAACCAUUGCCUUCAUGUGACCCGAUACCUAAACUGGACAAUCUGGACGUCGUUACGGACGGUUCGGACACAGAGACAAUAGGGGACAAAACAGAGAUAAGUGAGGAUGGCCAACCUAAACUAAAACAGCGGCGCAGUAGGACUAACUUUACUUUGGAACAGCUGAAUGAACUGGAACGAUUGUUCGAUGAGACACACUACCCAGACGCCUUCAUGCGGGAAGAGCUUAGUCAGCGACUGGGUCUGUCAGAGGCCAGAGUACAGGUCUGGUUCCAAAAUCGGCGAGCAAAGUGCCGCAAACACGAGAGUCAGAUGCAGAAAGCUGGAAUAAUGCUACAAUCACAAGGAACUCCACUUGACGCAUGUAGAAUGACCCCGUUUGUCAACAUGACCCAGGUCCCAAGGGAACCGGUCGAUCGUCUGCAUUUUGCACCAUUUUUACCUUAUUAUCAACUUCACGCUGCCUCGGCGGCGGCGGCGGCGUCAGCGUCGGCUACCCCACAUCAGCCUAUCCACCCGUUACUUUUAUACCAUCACCAUUACGCCGCUGCAUUAAACUACGCAACUCUUCAUGACAGUAGCUUCAAAUCUUCAAAAAAUUCGAGCAUUGCAGAUCUGCGACUGAAAGCGAGGCAACAUUUGGCCUCACUUGGUAUAUGA